GUUUUUUUGCAGUUGUAGAUUCUAGUUAAAUCAUCACUGAAGUUGUACACAAACUGUGUAUAUUUAAAUUUCGAAUGGAUAUUUUAAUUAAGUCUAUACGUUUGUCUCGUUCACGGUUUUGGUUUUAUCGAUGAAAGACACCCGGAGGUAAAGAAUGCGCGAACGCUGGCAACCAUGUGCUCAAGCUUGUUGUGUUGUUGUGUUGUGUGUGUAGUAAAAAGGCUGCCAAAGCCAAAACAAAACAUUUGAAUUUGUUCCGUUCCUGGGAGUUGCUUGCUCGAGCUCGGUUUUUGUUUUUGUCCCGACCGGAAAGUGUUUUUGUUUUUAUUUUAGGCUCAGGGAUUGUCCCAGUGCUUUUGUUUUGAUUUUAAACAGUGACAAUUUUUUGAUCAAACAAUUGACUAAUCAGUGAAAAGUGUUCAAUCCAAUGUGAUUUAGGACUCUACCUUUCACUUGUUUACUAGUGCAGUAAAAUCCUGAAUGUCUUGGAAAUACUGAAAUCCACAUGUUAUGUUCCUCAUGUUUAGAAAGAGACCCUGAAUGUAAAGGGCCGAAUGAGUACCUAUAAAAGCGUCGAGCGAACUGCAAUCGGGCGUCCACCCACAAACAGGAUCUGAUAGCUUCGACCAUGAAACGGGGCACCCUUUGGGGCUGCACCCAGCUCUUGCUAUUUCUACUCUUUUUCUCUAAUGGGGAUGCGGCUGAGCUUUUAAUUCCUGCACCUGAAAAUGGCAUUUGCAAAAGUAUUGACAUACGGAACAGACUCGAUUUCUUUAAACAGUUGGAUGGAUGCCAAGUUAUCGAAGGAUCUUUAUCAAUUUUGCUUUUUGAAAAUGUCAACGAAACUGAAAUCGCCCAAAUUAGUUUUCCUGAACUGGUUGAGAUUACAGAUUAUUUGAUGCUUUUUAGAGUCAAUGGACUAAAAAGUAUCGGACAAUUAUUUCCAAAUUUGGCGGUAAUCCGUGGUCAACAUUUGUUCCUUGGAAGAAAAGCUCUAGUCAUAUACGAAAUGCCUUCGCUACAAGAGAUAGGACUUUAUUCACUUACUAAGAUUAUGAGCGGUCUAGUGUAUAUCGAUAAGAAUCCUUCACUCUGUUUUGUACACAGCAUAGAUUGGAAUAAGAUCAUUAACACGGACGAAUCCAAUAUGGAAGGGGGAAUUACUUACUCAAAUUUUCUUAAAAGCUUUAAACCUGACAAUGAAUGUCCUGUGUGUCCUGCCUCAUCAGGCGCUGGCAAACCUUGUCCUCGCAAUGAAAAAGACAGUAACAAAUUUCUUUGUUGGAAUCGGAAUCAUUGCCAGAAAAUAUGUACAAAAUGCGGGAAGAAAGCUUGCAAUGACAAAGGCGAAUGUUGCGACGCACGCUGUAUAGGUAGUUGUGGAUCAGACACUUCUAGAUGUAUAGCAUGCAGGGAGUUUAUAUUCAACACAGGAGAGGAUAGUUCUGCUAAAUGUGUGGAAAAAUGUCCUUAUGGUUUUCUGGCGUACUUGGAACGACGAUGUGUUUCUCGAUCAGAAUGCAUAAAUAUGACUAGACCAUUAGAUUUUGAAUCUGAAAGUGAAGUUAAUACUAUAGAACACCCUUAUAAAAUACAUGAAGAUUCUUGUGUUAUACAAUGCCCGCCGAAUUACUCGGGAAAUUAUACAGACCACAGCUGCAAGAAAUGUAAUAAUACCUGUAGAAAAGAAUGUCCAGGAGCCAGAAUAGACAGUAUUAAUUUAGCACGUGAACUUAGAGGUUGCACUCAUAUUACUGGCUCUAUAGAAAUUCAAAUUAGGGGUGGCAAUCAAGUGGUUAAAUCUUUGCAAGAAAAUUUAGGUAUGAUAGAAGAAAUUGAUGGUUAUUUGAAAGUGGUUAGGUCAUUUUCUUUGGUUAGCCUUAAUUUUCUCAGUAAAUUGAAAAAAAUUCGUGGAAAAAUCCUAGAGAAUCAACGCUAUAGCCUUAUAGUUUUGGAUAAUCAAAAUCUACAAGAUUUAUUUGACUGGAAUACUCAUAAAGAUUUUGAAAUUGACAACGGAAGCCUAUUUUUUCAUUUUAAUCCGAAGCUUUGUAUUGAAAAAAUUAGCGAACUUAGGAAAAAAGCAAAUCUUCCUGCUCCAACAGAAUUGGAAGUUGCUAGUAAUUCAAAUGGUGAUAAAGUGGCUUGUACAGUGAGUAAGCUUGAUGUUCAUAUUACCAGUAUUUCAAGCAAAUAUGCCAGUUUGGAAUGGCACCCAUUCGAAAUUGAUGAUCCAAGGAAACUUUUGAAUUAUAUUGUGUAUUCGAUUGAAGCUCCAACCAAGAAUGUAAAUUUUUUUGAUGGCAGGGAUGCUUGCGGUCAAGAUAAUUGGCACGUCGACGAUGUACCAAAUAUUUUCGAGCAGAAUCCUGUUACGCACAAUUUAAUUAACCUUAAACCGUUUACUCAAUACGCUUUUUUUGUUAAAACUUAUACAAUUGCCACUGAAGAAAAUGGAGCUCAAAGCGAUAUCUACUAUUUCAAAACUAAACCAGCUCAACCAUCAGAACCAGGCAAUCUUCAAAUAAAUAGUUACUCAAAUGAUUCUUUAAGCAUUAAGUGGUCAGCACCGGUGCGUCCAAAUGGCAAUAUAUCGUAUUACAUUGUAACUGGGAUAAGGCACGACCAUACAACUCUUCCUAAUAGGAAUUAUUGUAUUGAUUCAGUAGUUCCAGACUUGCCCAAAAAAUCUUCUACAGUAGCACCAAAAACUAAGACUCCAAAUAAUUGUAAAUGUACUAAAGAUAAGCAGGAAACAAAACUAAUUGAUGAACAAGUAGAAGAAGCAAGAAUAGACUUUGAGAAUGCACUGCAUAAUAAAGUCUACGUAAAGCGUCUGCUUGUUAAUAGAAAUCCCAGAAGUGUAGAGAAAAUUAUCGAUAAAAACACCCACAAUGUUUCACAACCCCAGAUAGAAGUCCCUAUAUAUUUACAUAUGGAAAACACAUCCUUCCAAUUUAUGAUUGAAAAACUGAUUGUUCCAAAUACAACAGAACCUGGAACUAAUGUUUGGGAAACCUUCACUUACUUUAUUAAAGCUCCAAUAACUUCGAUUUAUAUCAAAAAUUUGCACCAUUUCACUUUGUAUAAUGUUGCUGUAAGGGCUUGUAGGGAUAUCGAAAAAGACGAACAGGAAUUGGUUUGUGGGGACCCAGCAGAUGCAACCGCCGAAACUUUAGAGAAAAAGGGUGCUGAUAACAUAAACAAUGUUUCAAUAGUAAACAUCACAUCCGAUAGUGUAACUGUACGAUGGGCCCAGCCGCCAGAUCCAAACCGAAUGAUUGUGUCUGUAACUAUCUGGUAUAGGAGAGAGGGCAGCAAAAAUUCUCAGUAUAUUGGCGAAUGUAUCUCCUUUCAAGACUUCAAGAAUUACACGAAAAGCGACAAAUUUAUGGUAUACACAAUACCAAAGUUGUUUCCAGGCAAUCACAGUCUAUACUUGAAGGCUUCCUCUCUUUUCGGAAUAGGCGAAGCAUCACCAAUCCUCACAUUCGAAAUUCCAGAUAGUGGACCAAGCAUUAUCCUCAUAAUAUGUAUGGUUUUGAUAUUUAUCUUGUUGGGAGCAAUAGGUGGUGUAUGGUUCUUUUACAGAAGAACCAUGAGGAAAAGUUUCAUGAUGAAUCCGUCUGUGAAUCCAGAUUAUAUGCCCAGCAUUUAUGUAGUAGAUGAGUGGGAGGUUCCGAGGAAAAAUAUCGAAUUGGUGAAGGAGUUGGGUCAAGGUAGUUUUGGAAUGGUUUGGGAAGGUACGGCCCUGGACUGCAAGGAUGUAAAGGAACUUAAGACUAGGUGUGCUGUCAAGACUGUUAAUGAACAUGCGACGCGCAGGGAAAGAAUUGACUUCCUAAAUGAAGCAUCAGUCAUGAAAGCCUUCAACACGACGCACGUGGUAAAACUUCUUGGAGUUGUUUCCCAAGGCCAACCAGCUCUAGUAGUCAUGGAACUUAUGGUAAAUGGAGAUCUGAAAUCAUAUUUGAGAUCCCACAGGCCAGAUGAAAACAAUGAUGGAAGGCAACCGCCAACCUUGAAAGAAAUCUUACAAAUGGCUAUCGAGAUUGCUGACGGUAUGGCGUAUCUCGAGGGCAAAAAAUUCGUACAUAGAGACUUGGCCGCGCGAAAUUGCAUGGUAGCCGAAGACAUGACCGUUAAAAUAGGAGAUUUCGGCAUGACGAGAGACAUUUAUGAGACUGAUUAUUAUCGUAAAGGAUCCAGGGGCUUAUUGCCAGUCCGCUGGAUGUCGCCUGAAAGCUUGAGAGACGGGGUCUUCUCUAGCGGCAGCGAUGCAUGGAGCUUCGGAAUAGUUCUUUGGGAAAUGGCUACAUUAGCUUCCCAACCUUACCAAGGACUAUCCAACGAACAAGCAUUAAGAUUUAUUAUGGAUGGCGGUUUCAUGGAACGUCCAGAAAACUGCCCCGAUAAAUUGUAUUAUAUUAUGAGACUUUGUUGGAAUCUGAAACCUAGUAGCAGGCCUUCAUUUAUGCGCCUAUGCGAAAUACUUCUGCAGGAUGCCAAUGAAAAGUUUGCCAAAGUUUCCUUUUAUCAUAGUAAAGAAGGAACUGAGUUACGAGCUAUCAAGGCAGCUGCCCAGGCAGAUGAAGUCACUAGAGAUGCUGUUGAACUAGAUGAUCCGGACCCCACAACCCCGUUAAACAUGCUACCUCCUGACGUACGCAAAACCUAUUCAAUGUCCAACUCGCAAAAGUCGGACAGCAUUCAUUUGGAGCCCAACCCUCGGUUUUACAGCGUGUCAGAAGACCGGACUGCAAACGGAUUCAUUGGGCGCAAUGGAAACGCCCAAACUCAGUGUUAACUGUUAAAUAUGAACCUUACCUUUAUCCAUGACCUUCAAAUUGAAAAAUGUUUUUCUAUUUGAUCGGUUUUUGAGGAAUCCAAGUAUUAAAAGGUGCUUCUGUGUAAAUUGAGCAAACGCUCUUUAUUAGGUUCAAUUCUAGCUCACUGAAUCAGCCUUAUUAUGUAUAAAUUCCAUGCUUUUUUUUAUAACAAUGUCAGUAUACAUUUAUAUAGAGGUUGUAUCAAAUGAAAAGUUUGCACCCAACUUUUUUCAAAAUAGAAAAAAUUUCUGACGGAAAUAGAUUUUGUAUUCAAUGGGACCAAUAUUGCAUAAUUAUUUCCAUAUACACAAUACACAUUGACAAUAGUUUUAAAAAUUAUCUUCAAAGCUCUAUGUAAUUUACUCUAUAUCUGAUUUUAUUGUGAACUUCUCAUUUGGAUAAUUUGUAUAUUAAAUAAGUGGUUAUUUGGAUAUUUUCUUGUUGUAAAACUUGGCAUUGGAUUUAUUACAUAUAUUGGCGCUCAUUUUUAUUGUAGACUGAUCGACACUUCUCUCAUUUUUGUUUGCUUAUUUAUACUACCUUCAUUUCAUUAGAUUUAGAUAAUUUACUGCCCUUCAUUAAUUUUAACCCAAAGGUUGAUAAAUUAAGUUAUAAUGUCAACUUGGAUUUAUUAUGUUGUUAAAAUAAACAUGGUGCUAAUAUAACGAAUUUAUGCAUGGGAAUCUCAAAAACUAUAGGUAACAAGAUACAAAUACAAGCACUAUAUAACGUGUCUGUUUCUGGAUAAAUUUACUCUUUUGGAAACUUGUAUUAUAUUUCUUCCUUAAAAUAAUAAGGUUACAAUAUCAUAAUAUUAGGUUGACUAUAUAGUUUGUUUUGUUCCUAAAAGCAUCAGAAUUGUUUGAGAUCUGGCUUCAUUAUCGUAAUAACUAUAAGUUUUAUAAUUUUACAUUAAUCGAUUAAUAAUGUCUGUAAGAAAAAUCUUACAGGUAUUAGGAAAAGCUUAUAUUCUGUCCUAUAUACAGAAUAAUUAUUGAGACCCCAAACACCAGAAAUUUCCGAUCCCAUAAGGCAGAACGAUAAUUCCCAAAACGUUGCACCGGAAAACGUUAGCAGGGAUAGGCAAAAACAUGUAAUUCCUAUGAUUAAAUAAUAUGUAAGUAGUUGACUCCUUAAAAGUGUUCAAAAUGGCUUUAAGUUUCAAUCACCUCCUAUUAUUUUUAGUAAAAUAGUAUACUUUUGACUAUUUUUAUAGAUGUUUAACCUGAACUUUGAUCAGAUGUAUUUGUAUAGAUGUAUAGGCAACCUGCACAUUUAUUUCUAUUCAUUAAAGUGUUUAGUUAUAAUUAUGUAGAAAUCAGUUAUGUGAAGUUUAAACUCGAAGUUGCCAGAACUAAGAACGAAUUAAUAAAGUUAUAAUCGCUAGCUAUUCGAUAGAGUCAAUAGACAGGAAUACGCCCUGAUAUCGUGCUUAAUAUACCCAGAAAAAUAUUUAAUAUAAACACUUUAUAGUGCCGAUGGUUAAAACGUCAAAUAAUAUACAUCGUAGUAUUCUUAAAGUAAAGGCAUAAUAGUGGAGUAAAAUCACAAUGAAAUUAUGACUUUGAGUGAUUCCGAGGUAUAACCAGAUGAAACCUAUACAAUCUCGUAGAGGACACUUUGGAGCAUAGGAAAUGGGAUUAUACAACUUUUUUUAAUAGGACCUAACUUUGAAUUCGGCCCUUAAACCUGACUGAGCUCGAAUUUGAAACACUACAUUUUUCUAAACAAUACCUGUUGUAUUAAAUUAAGUAUACACUCUAAAAUUCUGAUUUUUUGCACACUUAUAUUUGAAAUAUGAGCGCUUCUAAUGACAUUACAGAAAUUUCGAAAAGGUUCAAGGUUUUUUUUUUUCGAAGUUAGGAAUAUAGAAUUAUCAAAAUCGUGCAUCUAAAACUUCACCCUGCGGCGAGCCAUGUGAAUUAUUGAAAAUUUUUAUACAUAUAUAUCGAAUCAAAUGUAGCAAGAACAUUGACAAAGUUUUUAAAAAAAAAAUUAGGUCGCUAACUUUAACGGUGCGCUCUGAUGCUGAUAGAGGCUAGCGGCUACCAUUCUGGGAAUCAUCUGCGUUAGCGUUACAUCUAGAAAUAAAAUGAAAAAAUCUUUAGAUAUAAAAUAAGUAAUUGAAUCGUUUUUCAUGAAAUUUACUUUAAAUAUUUUCUUCUUCGUCGUCCUCAUAUAAAUCAGGAACAUUGUUCUGACAACUUUUGCAGGAACAAUCGCUGCAGGAUUUCAAGCCCUCUUUUAAGCAAACACAUUUAUUGUUUUGACAUAAUUUAUCUUUGCAGAAGAUGUUCAUUAGUUGCCUUAUAUCCGUUGGUAUGGGAUCAGCAGUCAUCAAAACAGGCUCGGGAUUUCCAUUAUUCCUAGUCCAACCAAAGUUAACAGGGUCAAGUAUAGGCAUAAUAGGUAUAUGACUGGACAUCCAUAUACGCAAUUGAUAUAUGCACCUGAAAUUUUGGUUAUCGCAUAAACACAGCUUUUUUUGUUAUAAAAGUACACCCACCUCAGUACAUGCUGGUAAAAUGCGUUAUCUGUCGGUGGAGGUUCUGAAGCGGACUUAUUGGAAUUUGUCGUCAAUUGGUACCCCAAUUCAUUGAGGGUUUGAAUGGCCUCGUUCUUAUUUCUGAAUAAGGCCAAUGCAAAUUUGGUGGCAAUAUUAACAGCUUCUGUUGUAGACACGGAGUUUAGUUUUGAUAACUCAUCAAAGGCUUCAACAUUUCUAGAAAAUAUAUUAUAUGCUGUUUUUUUGCCGAUCUUAAACAUUGCAUUUGUGGUAUCGCAUCCUGUUAACACAUGCAACGCUGGUAAACAUUUACAUACUCCAUUUUCCAGUUUCUGCACUAUUUCAGAUAUUGAAAUGAUCUGUUUUUUAUUUCCUUGUUCUAAUUCCAUGAAAAGGUAGGUUUCUUCCACAGAAUUCACUUUAAUAAAUUGAGAAUAGUAGUGAAUAAGCAAUACCAGAACAUCUGUAUCUACAGACUUCACCAAAACUUUUUUUUGGUGAAGUAUCUGAUAUUCAUAUAAAACAUGGAUGAGUAAGUCUUGUAUCAGCCUCAUCAUGAUUCGAUUUCAAAUCUGUCAAUUCGGUUACACCAUCCUUGUUGACAGAAAAGCAUAACUCUGGAUUUUCAAAAGCACCAGCGAUAAUCAGAGUUUCUUCUAUUUUUAAUUGGUCAGCUGAAUGUUCCAAAAUAUACUCAGUCACAAAUUUCAAUAGGGAUUCUUUAUUUUCUGACAACUUCAAAAAAUUCCGAAACUUCACCACUUUUCUAUUUCCAGAAACUUCAUACGCAUAAGCAUCUGCGAAGUUACCUCUUCUGCGUCUUUCCAAAGACUUGACCGAUUCAUCAUAGCUAUCAAAAACCUCAGUGCUUCAUACCUUCGACCAAGUGAAAGAAUUUGCUUCAAAAAAAUAGAUGCAAGUUCAUUAAAAGUUGAGAAUGCUUUAUCAUUAAGUCCUUGAAUAAGUACCAUGCCAUCUAUUAUAAGUGAAUUAACAUCAAUUUGAGGAGAAGCAACUGUUGAAUACUGUUCAAACUUUGAUACUAAAUCCGACUUAGCUGUUUUUCGCAUACUUUCAUCUUCGUGAAAUAAGCACAACGGAAUCGAAGUCAAUUCAUAAGACAACAAGUCGCUCAAAUUUAGAGACUGAAAUCUAGCUGCUGCUACUAUCCUUCUGAAACUAAUUUCCGUUCCUACAUAUUUUUUAGAAAACAUGCGGUUUCUAGUUUUGGUGUCCGCAAACGUAGUAACCUUUCCUUUUUUUACGGGCUCCCAGAAACUUUGGCAACCAGUAAUAAGAACGUUUUCGAUGAAAUGCUCGCAUUUGCUUUUAGCAAUCUCGAAGAAAUUUGAAAGAUUUUCCUGAAUUUCAUCUGAAGCAUAUAUUUUUAAGAAAAUGAGGACUAUCAGAUAAAUUAAAUGGAUUACACCAUUCUGUUUCGAUAUGCGGAAUAAUUUUGAGAACAUCACACUCAUUCCGAUUUCUUAGAGUAACACCAUCACUACGUGUUCUGCUUGCUUUGUCAAAGAAUACAUCUAAAAAAUAAGAACAAUAAAGUACCUGACCUAUACUUCUACAAGUAAAAAUAUAGAGCUUUUACCUUCAAAACGUUGCGCAUAUGAUCCUACUAUGUGGCGAGUUACCAUCCACCAAAAAGGCAGUAGGUUUUUGCGUAAAUCCGACUACACCCGAGGAACUUUUGCAAUCUCUGUUGAUCGAUUGUUCCAGAGCCAUGUCUGAAGCUACACAAUUGAAUUUUUUUCUGUUGUCUUCUUCACCACAAAAUUUCGUUUCAGGUAUCAUGCAUCUGCGGAUUCUUCGACUUGACUUCUAACAUAUCUCUCAAAUAUAUGGGCACCCAUUUUGCAUAUAGAUGUCUUCCUCCGGCUAUUAAAUAUGGUAAAAGUUCUUGGAUACAAUUCAGAUGCAAUUCAAAAUCUGCGGUCCGUUCAGCUCUGAGAAGAUUCAAUAAUAGAUCAACAGCUUUUGAAAAAGAAAGCCAGUAGCCGAAUGUGAAUGAUGAUUCUCUUCCAAUACUUUCAAAUUGUGUUACUUUUUCCUUCAAUGGUGCAAGUUUUCUUAACAUGUCCUCUAACAAAUCCUCAUUCAACUGUUUAUUUUUUAGUUCUUCUACGAAGUAAUAGGUGGAAAUUUCCUCAUUCUGAUUUUCUUCCAUCCACUUCCUGAAGGAGUCAUAAAACAAUCGAGACAAUGCAUCGGCGCAAAGCGUCAGCGCACGAAUACCUCUAGAAUAUUGCUUACCUUCCAAAAUCUGUUUACAGGAGUUUGUAGCAUAAACAUCUGUAUCAGAAAGCAUAUUAUUCAGACCACCAUCCCUAUAAAGAAAACCUAUGCUGGCGAUGAAAGUCAUAGUAAGGUGCAUUCCUCCUAACUGAAGGGUGACUUUGCCAUUAAUAGCAGGUGGUUCGUUCCAUAAUAUUUCCUGUGCUUUUGAAUAAAUAGCUAAGUCUGCCAUGAUGAUAAUAUGUUUUUGAUUUAAACAUUUCGCUAAUUGAACCAAACGGAGCAUUGAAGUAUAGAUCGUGUCAAAUUCUGUGGGAGGAUUAUUUAGGAAUGGUAGGUACCUAAGCUAUGGUAGAUACCUUCACAUUGUCAUUACAAAUAAGGUUGUGGUACUCGCUCCAUCCUAGAAAAGGUUUUUUCUUAUCUAAAUAGCGAAAUAAUUUCCAGGCAAAAUUAGUUCUUUUCACGUGGCUCCGGUUCAACUAACCGGGUUACAAAAUGGUUAGAGAAAUGACAUACCGUUUUCUAACCCGGUUACAAAGUGACGUGAUUGACGAAUUUGAGCGGUAUGUUGCGGUUUGUUAAACCAGAGCCACGUGAAAAGCGUUAUUGAGAUUUUGUUAAUAAUCAUACUCUCCAGAAAAAAAAUUAAGGUUGCUGAUCUUUUUAUGUUCCGGUCUUUUAUUAGGUUUAUAAUAUUUUUCAAUAUUCUAAAAUGACAUCUCUACUUUGUCAGCCUUCAAUGAAUAUUCGGUGCAUUUUGGAACUUCAUCGGUUGGUUUUGAAAUAUCACGUUUUUCUUGAAAAACCACAAAGCCAUAGAAUGAGUUGUAUUUUUUCCAUCUAUUGUAUCCUCAUUCAAAUCAAAAUUGUCGAUGCUUGCAUGUAUGUUAUUCAGUUCAUCAUCUUUUACCAUUUCAAGUUCAUAUGGUUUGUAACAAUCACGGUCAGUAUUUAAACCAUCUUUUGCUAAUGCAGUCGUCAUGUUUCUUACGUCGCUGUAGGAACAUGAAAAUCCCAUUGUAUAUAGAAGAUCUAUAUAUAACUUUCCUGCUUCUAACCGUAUUAUAUAAAAAUAGACCUAAGCCUAUAUGCAAAUUAUUCUUCGAAAAUCCUUUACAAUAGAAACUCAUGAUAAUAUUUGAAAGAGUUAGUACCUCAACGCUCAUUUCUGAAUCCUCAGAAUCAUCAACUAACUCAUCAGUGCUUAAAAGCCAUUUCGAAAACAACAACAAAAUAUUCGGCACCUGAUUUUCAAAUUGUGUCUCACAUAUUCCGUCAAGUGAAGGAAAUGCUUUUUUAGGCAUUUUAUACUCAGACAUUGCAGUUUUUAAUAUUUCGCACGCUCUAUGCAGUACCUGUUUGUGUGAAAGAGGCGUACUCUGAAAAUAUUCCUCUUCUGAACUAGUAGAUUUGAUUUGGCAUCAUCAGAGUUAAAAUAUUCAGACCUAUCCAUAUCAGAUGCGCAAAUUAUAUCGCAUUUACCAGGUCGAGAUAUAAAUUCUAUUUCCCUCGGAAACUUCUCUUGCAACAUUUUCUUCAGCCUGUGAGAUUGGACUGAAAUUUCCUUGACAGUUUCAGCAAUAUUAUUGUAUAACUUACAGACUCCAGCCAAUGUAAGAGUUUCAUGUUUCGCGAUGACAUGUUCCUUGAUGUAAUUCUCCGUUUGUAUACGUGCUUUCCCCGAACAUUUUGCAUUGUCUGUAUUAUUUCGAAUUUUGCUCUUUAUGUUUCUCUCCGAUACGUAUUGGCUAUAACAAGUUUUAUGAUAUUUACAGUUAUAAGCAAAAAGAUCCAAAUAGUUAGCAAGUAGUGAAAUCAUUUCAGUAUCAUUUCGGUUCUUAGCUGCUUCUAAGAUAUUAUUUCUCGUUGAAGCCCCUGUUCCUACAAAAUUAAAUUAUUGGGCUUAUAGCAAAAAGAGCAUCAAAACAUAUUUUCUUCCAUCUUGGUUAACGUCAUGAAAUUUUUGAUAACUUUUAAAAAAUCGCAUUUAAAUUUCAAAUGAAUAAUUAUUUUUGCAUUUUUCAAAGUAUUUAUUAAGUAACCAAAAUAGAAAAAAAAGUACAGAGAAAAUGGAAAAAAAAGUAUAGAGAACAUGUUUCAUAUAGGACAAUAAAUCCACGACAAAAGCAUCGCAAAGUCAACUUAAAUUUAGAUGAAUUUUAUAGAGGCACACCAAAAUAAUCAUUCGUACAAAAAAUUAUAUAAACAUCACGAACGGCAAAGAUUCAGUAGAUUCACUGACACACAUUGUCAGGGAUCAGUAAUAAAUGAUACUCGAUUACUAAUAUUUACCUGUUUGAAUAGCGAUGAGUCCUUCUUUUUUCUUUUUCCCUGAUCUUUUGCAAAAUAAACACAUUUUACGUAUGUCGAAAGAUUCCUGAUUUUUUUUUAGUAUAUGACACGCCAUUAUCGCCACUUGUACUUGCCUCAACAUUGAACAAUUUUUCUUUUUCCAUUAUAAAAUUAAUAUUAGAGUUGCUAAUGUAAAAACUACGACAUGACACGUGAAAUUUGAAAUUCGUAUUUCCCGAUAAAAUCGAAUCCUUGCAGGGUAGAAUAUGCUUAGGAAAGCCAUCCUGUCUUUUUUCCGGCGCUGUCAAUAUUGUCAACAAACCCUUUUUUGGAGGUUUUCCGACGAAGUCUUUUUCUCGCGAAUCACAAGGUUUUCCGCAAAUUAAACAAUUUGUAACACUUACGUCAGCCAUAUUCGUCGAUAAACAGUCAACACACAAAAUAUUGAAAGAAUUGUCUAAUAAUCUGCAGUAUCUAAAAGAAUAAAAUUCACUACAUUUGAUUCGAUAUAAAUGUAUAGAAAUUUUCAAUAAUUAUUCAUAUUGCUCGCCGCAGGGUGAACUUUUAGAUGCACGAUUUUGAUAAUUCUAUAUUCCUAACUUGAAAAAAAAACACUUAGACCUUUUCGAAAUUUCUGAAUUGUCAUUAGAAGCGCUCAUAUUUUAAGUAUAAGUGUGCAAAAAAUCAGAAUUUUAGAUUUUAUACUUAAAUUAAUACAGCGGGUAAUGUUUAGAAAAAUGUAGUUUUUCAAAUUCGAGCUCAGUCACGUUUAAGGGCCGAUUUCAAAGUUCAGUCCUAUUAAAAAAAGUUGUACAUUCCCAUUUCCUAUGCCCCAAAGUGUCCUCUACAAGAUGAUAUAGGUUUCAUCUGGUUAUACCUCGGAAUCACCCAGCCUCAGAAAACAGCGAGUUAGAGCAGUGAUUUUAUUCCACUAUAACAGAUAAAACUCUCAAAAUGAAUUAUGAUUAUUAUUUCAAGAAAAAAUACCUACAUAAAAGUUUGUUUAGGCACGCAAAAUCUGCCUCCUUGAGUAGUCACUACUCUCGUUACGCAACGCUAUUUAGCUCUAAACUCAGAGGCUCUAAAUUAUUUAUUAUUGAUAUUUGCCUAUGUGUGUAAAUUUAAUUUUUGUGCGAGUUGCCUAUUAGUUGGACCAUAUUAUUAAUAAAUAGCACAAUCAGUUGACAAACCGAUGUUGAUCAAUGAGAGAUAUACAAUAUUGGUUUGCAUUAUUUUGGCAGCAAAGAUGAAACUCCAUUUGUAACGGGAGUUGACAAUAAUAAUUAACAUUUUCAAUGGCAACUUUUUUGUUUCAUAUAGCUUUGUUUGAUAACUUCUUAUUAUUAUUCCUGAGGAAAAUACUUGAAAUCUCAUUUCCAAAAAAAAAUAAUAAUCUAGCUAUUUAAUUUUUUUUUAACCAGAAAUUCAAAUGACAUCGUACCUAUUAUUAAAUCAAGUUACUUAGCUCAGGCCAAAGAAGCUUCUCAAGCACAGAAAAGACUUGAGAAUACACUUUAUAUUUUUAUUCAUUAAGUUAGAACGAAUAGAGACAAGGAAUAUUUUAUUUUGUUAUGUACAAAACAAAGUGAGAAACAAAUAAGGUGAACAUCGAUAAAGUUUUCCGCUGGGAUAAUAUUCUAUUACAUACAAAAUAAUAUACAUACAUAUGUAAUUUAUACUGCUGCAGUUUUAAUUGAAAAUAAUUGAUUGGUUUUAUAAUUUUUGUAAAAAUUGCAUUUUUGUUUAACUAAAUCAUCGAUCUUAGUUUUAAUAAUGUAUUUAUGUAGUUAUAUUAGGCCCAGUUUUAAUAUUUAAAACUUUUUUUAUUUGUAUAUAUGGAAUUUUAGCAUAUAUUUUUAUGGAUAAAUUAUUUUAUUACAUAAUUUAGGCUUUUUAUUCAGCUGAAAUCCAUUUUUGAAAAACGCAACUCAAAUGUUUAUUAAAUGCAACUUAAUUUAUUUGUUCUUUGUUUUCUUUUAUUUUCAAUACAAUAAUGUAGAGGUACCUACAAAAAAUUAUUAGCAAGAAUUUUGUCAUAGAAUUAGCCAGCACCAAAAAUAUGAUUUGUGCUAACAGAUUGGCAAAUCAUCUUGUGUUUCUGGUAAAAUCAAUUCAGAAGAUAUCUACGUUAUUUAUUAGCAAGUUUUUGCAAAUCCAAAUAAACGAACUAAGUACAAUUUCAUUUUUAUCUCUAACUAUAAUGACUUACGGUGCCCCUGUAGGUUUGUUUUUUGUUAGCGUUUUAUUUAUUUAUCGUUUGUUUCUUCAUACAUGAAUGAAUGAAUUAAUUAAUUGGGGGUUUUGCUACACUGCGACCUGCAUAGAUCUAUUGUGUCCCCCUUCUUGGCGCUCCAGUUGAUGGACUCUCGCUUAAAGCACCUCAUCCAGCCUUAAUGCUUUUAUGAAAGCAAGUACUCUGGAUGGUUCUAUGGAUGGAAUUUCUUCCCGUCCCACGAUGUAGCAUCCGAAGCAGGCCAUUCGUGUAUUCCCGAUCGCCUCGCAUUCCGUUAGAAGUUGUUCAGGAGUUUCCUCCCCUUCCUCACAGAACCGGCAGCUGUUCUCGUUUUCAAUUUUAAUUCUCGCAAGGUGCCCUCUUAACCGGCAGUGGCCUGUGAGGAAUCCGGUGAGAAUGCGGAGAUUGUUUUUGCUUAAUGAUGUGAGGCCUUUCGGUCUCCCCUGGUCAGGGUGCCCAAGAAACAUCUUCGAUUGCCUCAACCCUGGAAGUUGCUCCCAGAGAUUGUUCCAUUUGGUCCGCUCUUCCUUUCUGAAGGCUUCUUCAUAGGUGUGUUUCCCUAUGCCGCAGAAGGGUUCCGGUCCUGAAAUCGGGGUCUGUGCCCCUAAUUUCGCUAGGUGGUCCGCCUUCUCGUUGCCUUCAAUACUUCGUGUCCCGAUAUCCACUGGAGGGAUAGUCUGUUAUCCUUGCCCAGUCUGUUUAACUUGUCCUGUCAAUCCCAAACCAUUCUGGAGCUGAUUAUUGGUGAGCUCAGCGCUUCAAUGGCUGCUUGACUGUCAAUCUCUCUCUUUCUGUAGUUUCUGUCAAGAUUCCAAUGUAGUGAAUCUGAUAUAGCUAUCUGCCUUCUCCAUUGUCUUUAAAAGAAACGAUGUGAGGCUUUAUUGGUCUGAAGGAUCUGGGGUCUGUCCCAUCCUUCUUGCCUACCUUCGGAAUGAAAGUGACUCUUGCCCUUCUCCAUAUUUGAGGUAUAUAUCCCAUUGCCAUGCUGCUUCUGGUUAUAUCUACAAGGUGCGGCAUGAUCUCUGUUUUUCCUCUUUGUAGGAGUGCUGGAAAGAUCUCGUCCGCUCCUGGCGAUUUCAGAGGUUGGAAUGUGUUUAAUGCCCAUUCGAGCCGCUUAUUGGUGAGUACUACUUUCGCUAUUUCCCAGUCCUCCCUUGUGGGACGUCUGGGGUAUGAACUUUCCUCAGUUCUGUUUGUACGUUUGCUGCCUGGGAAGUGUUCGAAUAAAAGAAGGAGCGCACGCUCUUCUUCACCUUCUGUGUAGGUACCAUCUGGCUUCUUAAGAGCCAUUGUCAAACACGCUCCCUCUUUGGCCAUUGCCUUGUGUAGUCUAGCGGCUACUGGAGUCGAGGUGAUGUUUUCACAGAAAGUCCUAAAGUUGUUUCUUUUUGCCUUUCUGAUUUCUUUGUUGUAUUCUGUGAAGGCCUUUGUGUACCGCCGCCACUCUCCGGUUCUCCUGGCUGUCUUGAAUAAACACCGAGCCUGGAUCCGGAGGCGUGCCAGCUUUGCAUUCCACCAUGGGGCCACACUCGAGCGUUUUUUCGAAACCAUGUGGCAGCUAGAGUGAAAGGCCUCUAUUACUGGCCUGGUUCACGAGCCCUACUUUCUCUUCCAGUUCUAGGUAAUUUCCUAUUCUUCCUGGAUUGAUUGCUUUGAGAUUUUCCUCCAGAUUGACUCUGUAUAAUUCCCAGUUUGUUCUCCUAGGAUUUCACCUGAGUUUUGCUUUGGAGGUGCUUAUUUCUAGGCUGAACUCCAUGAUCCUGUGAUCAGACAGGCAGGGUUCAGCCGAGACCCUCCAGUUUUUCACGUAGUUCUUUAUUUCAGAACUACCAAAUGUAAUAUCUAAUACUUCCUCUCUAGCCCUUAUUACAAAAGUGGGUGUAUUCCCUUUAUUGUAAAUAUCAAAGUUCAUUUCAAGUAAGUAUUCAAAAAGGUACUCACCUCUGGUGUUGGUGUUUGAGCUUCCCCAGAAGUCGCGUCGCCUCCCACAAGGAGUGGGAUGUUUUUCCCCCUACAGUGGUGCGCAAGCUCCUGCAGUUCCGCCGGGGGCGUGCGAGCCCCAUCCCCAGCGAAGUAUGCGGAUGCUAUGACAAUGGUCCGUUGUCUGCCUUGGUGGUGGAAAUUCACCAUAAUCGGCACUAGGUCCUUUGUCAUGAAUUCUGAAACACAAAUAUAAUUAAUAUGUGUUUUAAUUACUAUGCAGGCUCUAGGCAUUUCGUGCCUGUCGUCCCAUAUUACCUUUGAGCUUUUUGUUGUCAGUCCUUUUACCUGUCCCCUGUAAACCCAUGGUUCUUGGAUCAGCGCAAGAUCCACACGCCCUUCCCCAAACAGCCUCGCAAUCACAGCAGAGGAUCCUCUAGCGUGAUGUAGGUUGACUUGGGCUACCCUGGUGGCUGUGUUGUCCAUCAGGUUAGUUACAAGGACUGAGGUGAGGUGUCGUUGCCCUCACCUUGACGAUCUCUGUCUCGUCCCUCAGUAACUAUUCCUUUUCUUCCGUGGGAAGCUCGUUCUCUGAGCCCUCAGCCCCGAUGUUCUCUGGGUUGGGCUCGCUCACCAUCGGCUCCGGUGCCUCUUUCCCUUUGGGGGAACUAGUAUUCCCGGAGGUUGGGGUUGGCUCUUCCUGAGGGGAUGGUGGAUCUGUUUCCAUCCUUCCCCCUGGCUGAGUUUGUUUUUCGCCUUUCUUCAGGCCAUGCACGUACCGUGACGCGUCCAAACCUGUAGUGCAUGGAGUGGUUUUGCGCCACGAUCCCUUAGCUCGACUUGGUGUCUAUGCCCAAGGUUAGCAGCUGACCAUGCGAUUGCUCCUUCGAGCUAAUCGCCUUCCAUGCCUCUGUCCUGAGGUCGGCAUUUUGGGGUUUUAGGAGCUUGAGGAGUUUCUUAGCUUCUUGCCCUUUGCUCCUGGGAAUGAAGACCGUUAUGGUGUGUGCUUUCGGGAUGUUUUCUCCCGUGCACACAAUUAGAUCCGGCCCCUUCCAUUCUUUCAGCUGGGGUACCGUUUCCCUCAGCCAGAUGACUGUUUGCUCAUUUUCGCAGUCCACCAUUAUCAGUCCUGACCUGAAAUGGAUUCCUGCGAACUUCAGGAUAACUACCGUGCUGGUGAACAUUUCAUCAACCAGAGCACUCUCUGGGUCUGUCAGCUGUUCCGUGGUUAGUGUGACCUCGGGGUAUUCCCUCGGAACGAUUCCCAUUCGGACGCUUUUUACCGCCGCCGCCGCGUAGCUGCUGUUAGGCCCUGCUGCCGUUGCUGUUGCUUUAGAGGGGUAUAUUUUCCUCUUCUUGCUGCUUGGUCCUUGAAGGGGUGUGAUGUUCUCACUUCCCCUCUUGACCUCUUUGCUGUCCUCCACCUUACACGAGGAUGCAGAAUCAGGAGUCAGUGUUUGUUGCUUCAUCAGCCUCUCUUCUUUCUCCUUGUCUACCCUUUCCCUGGCUGCAUCAGGUGUCAUGCCUUGUGCCAGGUACCUGAGGUACUUCUUAGCGCCUGCCCCGCUCAGGCCCCUCCUUCUCGGGUCGUCCAGACCUCCUGGUUCUCCAAGUGCGGGGAGGUCUCCAGUAGAACUCCGUUGUUUUCCCGAACCACUGCCGCCCUCCCUCUGCGUUCUGUCUGAGGUGACUUCCCUCUUCUUACUUUCGGUUCUAGCCCGAGAACUUUCAGCAGUGUUUACCUGCCUAUUUUUAUUAAUUUUCUUACCCAUAAGAUUCCCACGAGUAGCUAGGGAAAUAACGGUCCGCUCCUAUAGAGCUCCGCAUAUAGGAGUAAGGGGUUCUCCCCUGUGCCCCAAAGGGAUCGUUCUCGAUAUUGCUCCCCCAAUGCCACGCAGCCUUUAGCACGAUGCCUUCCACUUUGGCUUGGGUUGAGCUCUCCUUAGUUUCGUUGCUUCCACAACGAUUGAGCCCCCCCACCAACGACAAGGUCUCACAGCUCCCCGGGGGGUUCUUCAUACAUUUAUUAUUCUUCGACAAUAGUAUGUAAUAGUGACAAAAGUAACACAUUUCACCGAAGCGUUGUGCAACAAGUGACGAAAAAUGUGCCUUUUCCUCUUUCUAUGGCUACAAAUUGGUGGUAUAGUUAUAGAUGACUGCCAAUCCUUCUCGUACUAUUUAUAUGGGUCUACAUAUAUUAUUUCUCAUCGCAUCAUUUUACUUUUUAAAAUGAAAUGUAUGUAAUGUUUGUUUCACCAGGGUUUGUACUUGCCACCAGCCUUUGCCUUCAUUGUUUAACAAAUAAAAAUUGACUGAAACAAAUCAAUGACGUCAAAAACGUUCGUCGGUUCUUAAACCAAAAGUCAUUCAUUUUGAUUUAUCAAAAAAUUUGAAUGUUUUUAUGAAUUAAUCUACGACAACCCUUUUUUUUCAAGUUUCAAGGUCAAGUAUGAACCCUGGUGAAACAAACCUUACCUACCUAUUUAUCUAAUCAAAAAUGAAUGAAUGAAUACACAGCAAACUUGGAUCAUGACUCUAAGACAAAAGGAUCCGAAAAGGUGUCUGCACUGCAGAUAGCUGUAAUAUUGAUCCCACACAUUGGAUAAAGUUGAAAGUGUGGGUGAAGUGAGACAAUUGGAUUUUUUAAAAUUUAACCAGUAAUCAAUAUAGAUACCACAUAGAAAAAGUAGGUAUUACAUUUUAUAGCCGCCAUAGAAAAACUAUCCCAAUAUCUUAGCUGAGAGUUGCUUCUUCCCGCAUAUCAGAAAUCAUGUCCUUAUUGUUUAUUUAAGUUUUUUAAAAGCAAACUAUUUAAAGCCCUCCCGAUGUGAGAUUUUCAGUAUUUUAUAAAAAUGUAUUCUAAACUAUUAAAUGUUCAAGAUCCACAGUUUUUAUUUCAAGUUACGAAAAUGGAAUAGUGCAAUAUUUGGAAAAAAUAAUGAAGCUUUAACCCCUUGUAUUUUGUAUUAAAACUUGAAUAGGUAGUCGGAAAAACCCCACAGCUUCAAAGUUGGCUGAAACACUAUACUUAAAAAAGUUUUUUGUGUACCGAUUAGUGUAUUGAUGAUAUAAACGUUGAAUAAAAUAUCUAUAUUUAUAUACAUUUAAUAAUAUACUGUAUACCACAGAUCGUAGUACAUUUUUUAUUUCUAGAUUUAAAUACCCAAAAUAAGGUAUACAUAGCAGCUUCCACCUUAUUCCUGUUGCUCAAAACACUUUAUAGUGGUCACACGUUUGAUGUUACAUCUCAUUAACAAUAUUGUAUUUAAAUUAUAUUUUUUAUUUUAUUUUUCAAUCUGUGACAUGACAUUGUACAUUCAUCUAUUUUUUACAAAAUACAUAAGUUCAAAUUAA